AUGGUCAUAAACACUAGGAGGAAUCCUAAAAGAGAUCAAGACUUUGAAGAGUCUAGACUUCGUUCGGAAUCGAAGACAAGAAUAGCUAGUUCAAUUCCCAUGAACACUCAACCACAAAAUGUUCCAAAUUGUCAACAAGGCCAAAAUGGCUUUGGCAGAGCCACUACUGUCAACCCUAACCAUGUGGUGGUCGAAGAUGUUACGGCAGUUUUUGAAGGACCAGUCUUGAGGUCGAACCCGGCCACUUUGUUGGAGAUCCAACAACUCAUCCGAGCAAUGGAGACAUCAAACCAACUCAACCACCAACAGAUGCAAGAUGGCUCAAACCAUAGCUACCUAAAAUGCUCUGAUAAAUGA